UCAACUGUCAGUAGUUGUCCCUGAAUGAAUGGAAUAGUGGAUAAAGAAUGAAAAUAUUUUUCAUUUUUGGGAAUAAAAGUGAAAAAAAGGAGAAAUGUGUGGAAGACGACCGUUAUUUUAUUCGGUUUUGUUUGUGCUUUUUAAUUUGAUCAGAAUCACUCAUCCUACGUACCAUGACAGUGGUCACGGAUAUAUCACUAAAAACUCACAAUAUUUUGAUGAUGAACUUUCUCAUAUACAUGAGGAAAUGGGAUCCCAGGGAUACUUUCAUAAUAUAGAUUCGCUUGGUAUGUUAAACUUAAGACUGGAACCUGAAUUUCUUGACUUUAGUGAGAGAUCACUGGGGGUUCCUCACUCUAAAACAGUUAGACUCUUUAAUACUGAUUCUAAUAAGUCUAUAGAUCUCACAUCAAUAUCAGGAAAUACUGUUCAUUUUCACAGCUCAUUUUUUGAAGACAAGCAAAUACCUCCAAACGGAAAUACGACGUUUAAAGUAGUGUACCUGGGUAGACAUGAAGGUCCAAUCGAAAGUACUUUGUUCCUUCAUACUUCUAUUGGUUUUAUCAAAUACAAUGUAAAAGCACUUGGUACUUAUAACAGUUAUAGGCUAAGACCCAUAGUUGGGGUAAAGUUACCGGUUAAUUCCACUUUUACUCCUAUAAUUUACAUGCACAAUCCUCAUUCUGAGCCAAUUCAGAUUGUGGAAAUUUACAGUAGUGGAGGUGGUUUUCAUUUGGAACUUCCCGGUGGUCAUCACGAGGGUCCAAACGAAUUAUGGGAAAUUGAUCCGUACGAAACCAAAGCGGUUAUUAGGGUCCGGUUUGAAGCCAAAGUUCCUCAUAACCACACUGCAUAUAUUAGGAUAAAACUUCAUAAUCCGGAAGAAAUAUUGAUAGUACCGCUGGAGAUAGAAGUUACAGAAACACAAGGCAUUUUUCAUCCACAAGGCUAUUUAGACUUUGGAGUGGGAGGAACGCUCAACGAGCCCAAAGAAAUAAAUUUAUGCCUUAUUAAUCCACUUAGAAAAACCGUUCGGAUUCAUAGUGUAUCGACACCUUCGAAAUCUAUAAAAACGCAGUACUAUAAUGCUCGAAUUAAUCCUUGGACGCAAGAUGAAAAUGACUGUGUUAAUGUCGGAACUUUAGCUGUGGAUUGGAAAAACGCCUGGCAAUCUCAGGAUUUUUAUGGUAAAAUAAUUGUGAAGUUUCGAAACGGUAAAAAUCGCACAGAAAUACCAUAUUUUAUAUCGGUACUUAAGGGGGGACUUAGCUAUGAUAAGGCGUCAACUACUUACUUUUUAAGCGAAAGACAGAUGGACACUUCAUCGAGAAACUUCCAAGUUGUAAAUAAGUACUAUUAUCCGAUAAAGGUGUUAGAUCUGAGAAUUCCUGGUGAAGUUGAUUCUUUAUUCAAGAUACAGAGUUACACACCAGUAAUGUUAAGGCCCUUUGAAAAGAAAACGCUAUUUGAUAUCCAGUUAAAGAAAGGCGUUAAAAAGACUGAUAUGCAGCUUUCUAGUCGAAUCAAGGUUUUAACUAAUAUUUCUGAAAUCACAGUGCCAUUUCUUAGUUAUAAUGGAAAAAUACAGAUAUAUUUGCCGUAUACCGGCGAUGAACGAAUGCUAGAUAUGGGCUUAGUGGGUCACUACAAACAGGUUCAGGCCUACCUAAUAUUGACGAAUCCAAACCCUAUUGACCUCAAUUUGCUCAAGUUGUCGACUUCUCUACCUAGAAGUCAGGUCGAAUUGCACGGAUGUGGAGAGGGAGAUCACAGAUUGUUAUUUGCCAAUAAUCGUAUUGGUAAUCUUACUAAAUGUGGCAAUAUAAAAGCUCAACACUUUGCAGUUAUCAGAUUAACAGUAAACACAAAUAACCAGGAUGGUUUAAAAAGAGGCGAGGUUCAAAUCGCGACCCCUUUCGAAAAUUUAUCGAUUGCGGUCGCGUAUAAAGUUGCUUCGGGAGAGUUAAUAAUUGAUAAAGAGGAUCUCGUCUUUAACAACUGCUUUCCUAGCAAGGCAUGUACGCACCCUCUUAGAAUUUUUUCUACAUAUUCAGAAAAGAUGAAUGUCGAAGGUAUUUCUAGCCUUCCUGCAGACAAAAGAGUAUCUUAUAACAUAGUUAGCUCAAUAUUACCAAAGAUGAACAGGGUAAUAGCUACGUUAAAGUUUAACCCUGACUUGGACUGCAGCCCUGAUUGUUAUACGGGUUUUCUUAGUGAAGGGUCUGCAUCCUGGUUAAAGACCCUAUUAAUCUCAAGACAGGUAUCAGAUUACGAUCUCAAGCUUGUAAAUUUGUUCUAUCAAAGAUAUUCGAAUUUUACGAAAAACAGCGCGAAUGCAACCAGUAGCAUGACUUUUAGGCUGGACACGAGCGAGGUGAAAGGACAAAUGUUCGUUAGCAGGGUGAAUUUUACUUGGCCUUCUGUUGUGGAAGAGGGCGUUUUAAUAAAUCAGACGUUAGAGUUUCCAUUAACUCAGGUCCGAAACAGGUCUUCACAAGACUUAAUUCUGCAUAACCCGUCCAACCAUCCGUUGGUCAUGCAGCUUAUUUUCGAAAACGAUUAUCCCCACGCCGAAUUGUUAUUGGAAGGAUUGCCUGAAAACUUCAUCCCCAAUGCGGACGUGAAAUGCUCUACAAAAAAAUGGUUCUCGUUUGACGAGUCUACAUUGGAUCGCCAACAGAAAAUAUUUUGGACUAAUUUGAGGUUGAAUAUUUAUAAAUAUUCGUUGCCGGUUAUAUUAGGUCCCGGUCAGUCCAGAAAAGUAACUUUGGAAUUCCAUGCAGAAGAAGCAAAAACCUAUUCCAGCUUGUUGUUUAUUCGCAACAACUUAACCAUGAUAGAACUAGUCAGAUUAGUCGGAAAGGGUGCAAAACCACGUUUCGAAUUUACCAGUUUGAAGUCGCUGGGACCGAAAAUGGCACAUUUUGAGCUGACCGAAAAACAAAUGAAACCUUGUAAUCCGGAUCUUUACUCAAAGCCCUACUUACCAUAUCUAACCACGAAAGCAAGUUUUUUGGCAACAAAUUUGGGAGAAAUACCUGUGUACAUAUCCAGGUUUUUGAUAAAUGGGUUUAAUUGUGAAGGAUAUGGAUUUAAGGUUAUAGAUUGUGAACCGUUUUCACUAAUGCCAAACAGCUCGAAAACCAUCGAUAUUCUGUUCACCCCAGACCUGGCACUACAUGAGGUAUCCAGGAUGUUACACAUACAAAGCAGCUUGAACACUUGCGUCAAUUACACUUUAAAAGCCAAAGUUUCGAGGAGUUACUGCAGGCACUGUAGCGUUUUACAGGGAAGACCUCCAUUCGAAAUAUACAUGAGCAAACUGGUUAAUAUGUUUCUAGUCAUUAACCUUAUUUUGGUCCUUACCGUAUCUGUUUGGGACGCAAACAAUCUGAAAAAUAAAACGAUGGGAAUUUAUUGUACAUCAAAUAACUCGCCUCCGUGUCCCGUAUUGGAUCUGAGAAGCAUAGGGAGGCAAGUGCGAGAGGAAAUACAGUCAUCCUUAAAGGAAGAGGAAAAAUCUGAAUCUCUUACUUCGGGAUCCGAAGAAAGCCUCAAAUCCGAACCAGCAAUAAUUCCUACCCAAGGUAAAUCUAAAAAGAAACUGUGCCAACAAAACAGCAACGAACGAGAAGACAGCAUUGAGGAGGACAUCGAAAAACCACGUCUUCGAGAAAGACCAAAAAAGAAAGAAAUAUUGUUUCAGACGCACAGGCUAAAGUCAAUAGAAAGAAAAAAUGAAAAGGAAUUAAAGUUACUAGAGGAAAACCGCAAGAAAGAAAAACAUAAACAGGCAGAACUGAAGAAUGAGGAAAUAAAAAGGAAAAAACGUCCUUCGACGUCCAUUCAACGACACGAUCAAGAAAUAUCUUUGAUUAAUAGGAUGGAGAGGAGUAAUAGCUCAAAUAGUAGUUCAAAUAGCGAAGAGAUAGACAAGGAAAAUCAAAGAGUUAGCUGGUCAAAACGAAGAGUGAAUAUUUUAUCACAAACAGGAGGUGACUCUAAAGAUAAUCCAGAAGCUAAAAUUAAGCACGUUAGUUUUGUUAAUAGUAAACUAAGAAGAAAUGGGAAAACGUCUACGCUUCCUGACCAAAGUAAAGAUACGGAACCAAAUGAUUAUAAGGGAGACGAUAAAACAUUAUAUGGAUAUUUUAGUGCUGUUAGGGAAAAACGUAGACGAGAUCCCAAAUUCAAUAAAGAGCACCGUAAAGAUGUACAAUCUAGCAGAAAGAAAAAUAAUUUAGAACGAAAAAAUACGAGUAGCACAAGCGAAUCUGUCAAUGAAAGAGAGACAAACAAUCAACCAGAAUUUUACAUUCCUUUACCGGCAACUACGACUUCAAACAGUAGUUGGUGUGAAAGUAAAGCACGUUUUAGUGAUGUUGUUGCGCGGACCGACAACUGCCACGAUCAAACUCCAGAAUCCACACACGAUUCGGAAUCGCCCCAAACUUGCGCCGAAGAUGACACUUUAGAGAAACUAGAAAAAACUCCGAUUAAAGUAAAUCCAAGUUCUUUUAAGCCCAGCAGCAAACCCACAUGCAAACCAACGAUGUACGUUGAACCUUAUAAGCCUAUUGAUUUGGGACCAAUUGGAUCGAAGCGACUUGGAACUCCGGACAGUGCUGGGCACAGUCCGGAUUUGUUUACACAGGAAGCACAAAUCCAUUCGCCCUUUGUCCCACCCACCAGCCGGCCGACGACAGAAUUCAACCCUAUGAACGAUUCAAGCGUAAUAGCGGCCGUAACGAACAACACUAUUAUAUCUAGCUCUGGGACUUCGAGCUUUUUUACUCAACCUCAAGCGUCCGUUUUAGGCGAUCCUCUUGGCGGUGGUGCUGCUACCUCAUUUCCUUCUAACAGUGCCAUUUUAAACCCUCUCGUUUCCGGAUUAUCUACGGCAAGCUCGAUGCAUCGUAGUGCAGGAACUGCUACGAACUUCUUUGGUCAACCACAGACUUCUGGGCUUUUGGGAGACGAUUUGACACACGCGACAAAUGCAUUUGACGGAUGGACACGCCAGCCUAUUUUUAGAGAUUUGACAGCAAGGAGAGAUGAUACGAAUAGACCCAGUUUGUUUGGAUCUGUGGAUGAAGAUGAAUCAUGGAAAAAUAUGUCUUUACAUCCCCAAUCACACCACACAUCGGAUAAUAAAUACUGGUCAAAUACAUUCAGCAGCGUUUUAAAUUCAACCUCAAAACCAGCGAAUAACGCAUCGUACUUAUGGGGAUCAAAUCCCAUAUGGAAGCCGUGGACACCAGCAGAUUCGCCUACGCAUGUCCGGAGGCCACCUGGUUUUAACGAAGAAAAUUUGGAAAAGAAAGAGGAAGAACAAAGUCAAUUCAGCGCCAAUUACAACGCAUUUGGUAAUGGUAACUCACCUUGGUCUCAGCCAUGGAAAUAAUCAAGCUUCAUAUUAUUGAAACGUAUUUGUCGUGAAUGUCGUAGUUUUUUUUUCAAUGGUUAGCAUCGAGUUUAAGACUCCGUUCUAAGACUGGAUCUCGUGAAAUCUCACCCUCCCCUCCCUUCAUAUAAUACGUGUUGUACAACGGUGACGAUUGAGUAUCUGACGAUAUACUCUAUAAAAUUUUAUUUUUAUUUUUUAUAAUAUAUAUACUUUACGU